GCAAAAAGGCCCGAAAGAGCCAGCUACUGAGCUAAGUUCAUCCCCUUCUUCUCCUCCUCCUCUGCCUGCUUCUUUUCACAGCUCUCCAACCAUGGAGACCAAUUCUUUCCUCGUCUCAUAAAGCCAGAAGCCCCUAAAUCACUCUCCUCAGGCACUGCCCCCCUCCACACCAAAAAAAAAAAAAAACCGAGGAUGGGUUGCUUCAUUGCUUGUUUUGGUGGUUCCAGUGGAAGAAAAGGGCGAAAACCGACGCCCAAAGGCCUACCGAGGAACACUCUGCCAACUUAUUCCUUGAAGCCUCCAACUUCUUCCUUGAAGCCAACCACAGAAGAGACCCUCCAAGGAUGUUCAUUUUUAGAACCAAGGGAAAAGCCAGAGAAACCAGGGGUCCUGAUCUCUAGAUCCCCGAAAAAGGUUACUUUUGAUCUUCAGGUCAGAACCUACGCAGAGGUUCCAUCUCAUGAAGAGCCAGAUUUUUCAUCGGACGAAGAAAGUAAAGGAGCUAAUGAAAAUGAACUAGAAGAAGGAAAUGAAAGCCAAUCCUUGACGUCCUCUGAAGACCACUCUACAACUUCCACCACCUGUUCAUUCCCCACUUCUCAUAGAUACCAAAAUUGCAGGUACAGUGACGAUGAGGAUGACAGUAUUGAUGAUGGCGAUCUUAGUGAUGAUGGCCUCAGCGAUGAUGACGUUGCUGAUGAUGAACAUGAAGACUUGUUUGAAUGGUAUUCCUCUUCUUCAUUUGAGUCACAAUCGAAAAGCGUCUCCCCUGAACCUGCGAAGACAGAAGCAAAUGAGUUGGUCACCAGACCAACUGUGGCAGUUGGUCGUGUCCGAGAUCGGAGUCAAUAUGUUCAUCCUGUUCUGAACGCCGUUGAAAAUCGAUCGCAGUGGCAAGCACUAAAAAGCAAAGAAUCUAAGAAUGCAUCCGUAAUAAAAGAGAGGAAGGAAAACAUCCCCCGCAAGCAGGAACCAGUUUCCAAGUUCAGUUUGGAUCCAAGGCAGGAACCGCGAGUCGAUGCUAGUCUCUCAAGCUGGUUAGUACCCAGUGAACCAGCCAAUUAUGCCGCUGCCCCUGUAAAUAUUUAUGUAAAAUCUAAGGAUGGUACCUUUAGCUCCAGUAAGACUGAAAACAGACCAGUUUUGGUUGAUGUAAAAACUACAUGAACAACUAUUCGAUGAGCUCCUCCGAAUCACGGCAAGAAGUCACGAAGCUAAAGGAAUGUCAAGUUCGAGUAGUAAUGCAGAUAUUUUAAGUGGAAUAUACGGACAGUUGGAAGCUUGCAUUUGCGUUGCAGGACGGAAUGAACUGGAAUUCAAGAGCCAGUCUGAAAAGUGGAGUUGUGUUGUAACUGGUUGUAUCAUUAGAUAUUGCAUUUAUUCUUUGUGAAAAUUUCCAAAGAGAGACGACAAUUUGGAAAUUUAUCAGUGUCAGGUUCAGUUUCUGUUGGUAUGCAUCUCCGCGUCUUUCGUUGCAGUUUGUACCAGAAGUCAAAUAGGUUGUAUUCUAUGAUUCAUUUGAAACCAGAUUUGUGUUAUUAUUGCAA